UAUACAGCGUGAAAAGCUGAACAGAAUACCUUGCUUAAGUAUCGUGAUUUGGGUUAGCUGUCAUAUAUCGAAUUUGGUUAAUAUGGCAUCCCUUUAAUGCGGCAUUUUGACAUGUUUUAAACGUUUUCGAUACGCGUUGUUUUAACUAAAUGUGGUUUUUUAAUUUAUAUCGAAGGAUUGAGUGAAAAUUACUAUUUUUUCAUUAAGAUGAUUUCGUGGUUUAUAGAAUUAUUCAAUUAUUGAGAAAUCACCAUAGUCUCUAUUUCAUUCGCAAACCUCCAACCAUGGCUGAUUUUGAUUUUGGCGACCUUAACUUGGAUUUCUUGCAAACCACCCCUCCAAAGGCUAUUAUUGGCAACCAUACAUUGAGAAACCCGGCACAAAAGCAGAAAAAGCGUUUGGAAUGGGCCAAAAAGAUAGCAAGUGCCGAUGAACUUGUAAAAGAAAUACACAAGCUUAAGUGCGAUAAUUUGCAGCUACAUACACAGUUGAAAGAUUUCCAGAAAACUGCAUCAGACAUUCAGGUCUUGUACGCCACGGAAAAGCGCAAGUUGGAGGAAACUUCGAAAUCUUUGCUAGAAUUACAGCGCAAGUAUGAGAAGACUGACAGCGAUCUGACAAUCAAAUCCUUAAAAUGUGAGCAACUUGAAGCUUGGUUAGAAAAUCAAAAAGAAUGCCCUGUGGAAUACAAUGAUUUGGUGGUUAAGUAUUUAAAGCUUAUCCACAAAUAUUCCGAAGAAGAUGGAUUGAAAUAUUUUUAUGAUCGUAAAUUGGUGGACGAUUUAAAGCUGUAUUGUGACAAAUUCAAAAUAAGAUAUAUCGUCCCCACGAGCAGCAGCCCAAAAAAGCCCACCACAAAAUCAAGAACGCCGAAAAUUCAGCAGGAAAAUGCUGCCGUGCAAUGCGAUAUUUGGAAAGACAAUGCUCCCGUUAAUGACAGUAAAGAGAAAAGAAAUCAGGGUAUUCAGUGCCAAGUAGAAUUACGCAGCCAGGGAACACAGCACAUAAGUACUAUGACAACACGUAGUACAACCACCACAUGCUUCAUAAAAUUUCGUAAUGUCGGCACAAAUUUUCCCGAAACUCUAACGGUACCAGCUGUUGAAGAUAUCUUAAAUGAAUUUACUCCAUGGCAAAAUAUAAAACCAAUAUCUCCACUAAUGGACCGUCCUCAGAGUGAGGAGAUAAAGAAAAAUUUCAAAACAAUUGGCACUUGUACUUGGCUGUGCAAUAUAAGACGGCCGAUAGACUUCAUGCCGCGAGCAGUGAAACGUGUUCCAAACACUCAAAUUACUUCGUGUGUACAGACGCAAAGUGCUAUCAAACAGGAGAUAACAACACCUUCGCCGUCUCCAACACCAAAUGUUAGUUCCGAAGCCAACAAUGUUUCUGCCAACAACAUGCCAGUCAACAGCACAGUUCCUAACCCUAUAAUAACUUCCCUCAAUCUCACUCAACAAUCAAGUCCAGCAGCGAAUCCUACCUUUCACGAACUGUGGCAUAUAUUUGGAAGAAUGGUUCUGGGAUUGUUGCAUACAACAAACGGCAGUAAUGCUGGCAUUUCUGCCAAUUCUGUUAUGACACAAGAAACUCUUAAUCAGCGUCAAUUCCACAAUUGGUUAAGAGAGCUUUAUGAUGGCUCAGUAGCGGCAAGAGUGAACGAGCAAACCGCACAGACUUUUUCAUCUAAUGAUGACUUAAACAACCAAAUACCUCAGCCAAUGUUUAAUGAAGGAGAUAACCCCACGAGAAGCAUUGGUACUAGUCCGCUUAGAUUCCAUACUACCUCAAUUUUAACUUCCACAAAUAUUGUACGGCCUCAAGCAAGAAGAAAUAUUAAUGAGGAUAUUUCUUGCAGUGAAGAAAUGACAGAGUCAAUACAUGAAGAGGAUUACGAUGGUUUUGAACAUUCCCCGCCAGAUGUGUCGCCUGAACAACAAGUCCUUUGUAAUAAUGAUGCAAAUGCUGCCUCAAAUUGUAGUUUUGAAUCCGAUACAAAUUCAACUUUAGGCAACGAAAUUUCAGAAUUGCAUCUUACUAGUUCUGGAAAUAAUAGAGUAAUGGACAUAGAAAACUCGCUUAAAGCUUUGGCCAAGCCUUCUAAAAGAAAGCACAAACCCAGGACGAUUAUGAAUGACAUUCAGGACAUUUUUGCGGGAGUAAAACUUAACAAAGAUAAGAAAAAGGCUCUGAAAAGACUUUUAAAAUCGAAAGAACUUCAAAGUAAGUCUUCAAAAAGUAAAAAGACUAAAAAGAAAGGAACUAUCGAAAUGCAUAUGGAUGCAGAGAAUGCCGUGGAGGAUGAGGAACAAGCUGAAACAGCGAUUGAUUUCCUAAAGGGCAUGUUUAACAUUAAUGUAACGCCAGAAACCAUUGAGCAGAUGGAACAAAAAGUGCAAAAUAAUGUCACAGAAACUGAAGCAAAAUGUGAAUAUGCAGAAAAAAUUAAGUGUCCACAAAAUCCUGUUCAAAAUAUUCCAGAAAAAUUCAACAACAACAAUGAGACGCAAAAAAUGGUAGGGGAAAAUUUUUCCAAUUUUGAGAAAGGAGUAAAUGAAGCCAACAGUGAUAAAGAUAAAGAACCAUGGAAGAUAAAGAAUCAUGAUGACCAUGGAAUUUCUUUAGCCCAAGUUUCAAUACCUUCUAAUAAAAAUGACACAUUUUCUUUCGCAAAACCUCCGGAUAUGGCGAAAACUUGUAAAUUUUCUAAUAGAAGAGAAAUGUAUAAUUCAUUGUUUGGCGACUCUGAUAUAGAAGGGGAUGAUAAUCCAGAUGAUGCAAAUAUAUGUAGAAAUAAUGAUGAAAGACAUGAGACUGGACGUAAUAAUAGUCAAAACAUGCUAUGUUCAAAUUCAAACAUUGUACAAACUGAACAACUGUUAAUGAACAGCCCCAUUGAUAAUAUAGUAGAAAAUACUCCUUCACAUAACGUGCAAACAAAUAGCAGAUGCACAGAUGUUAUUUCCUCCAUUGAAGACAGAUGUUCUAUGCCAGUAAUGGCAACCCCAAUACUCCAGAAUACAAACAUGGAGCUCCAUGCAUAUCCAAGAGCCACGAUUUUAUUUGAGGACUUGGAUAUAGAAAAUAAAAGCAUCGACAAGCACUUUGAUGAGGUUUUAACUCAAAGCAAAGAACAUGUACAGCCUAAUAAGUCUGCAGAAGAUUUUUCUGUUGAUUUGGAAAAUGAUUUCGAAAUUUCUUCUGAAGACGAAAUGGAGCAAACAACUGAAUUAGAAACUGUGGAAGCAAUUGAGGCAUUGCAACAAAAUAUGCCUAGCGCUUGUAGCUCAACAAAUGAAAAUAACAAAAUACUGGAAACUUCUACAGGGGGUACACCGAAAUUCAAGGAGCCCAAAAGUGAGGAGAGAGAAUAUCAGACUUUAAACAAUAACACCAUUCAACCGCUUGCUACCAAAGAAACUUCAAAUAGCCAGUUGCUGCCACCCUUUUUUGAAAUACAGAAACAAACUGCUCAUUGCUCAAAAAGUUUACAAGUCAAAAAUGACUCAGUAGUUGCAGCAUUUUGCAGCGAAAACACAGUACAAAUUAUUUCUCACCCCGACAGUUCUCUACUGAAGCAUGGUAGUUUUGACAGUACAUAUAACACGGCGGAAUAUUUUCCAAUGACUGAACAUAUGCACAACACCCAAGAACCCUUUGUGGAAAUAGGUAAUGAAGAGAAAACAUGUUGCAAACCAUCAAAGAAUGUGGGUACUCUAAGUGAACUACGCAAAUAUCGUAAAAAGCCAAAAUUAAACAUAGAGGAAGAAAUUGUACUUUCCGCCAAUAAUUCUUUCAAAGGCGUUAUAACGGAAUGCGCUUCCUCAAAUUAUUUGGACAAAAAUUACACCCCUAUCAUUUGCGGAGUUUCCAUAGGAGAAGUAAGUACUUAUCCAGCUAGUAAUGACAUACGCUAUUCAGAUAGUAAAGAAGAUGAAGAAUGUUCAAGUAAAGAAGGAAUACUAGAUAUUAGCUCUCCCAAUGAUGUAAAAGGUAUAUCGGGUAGAGUAUUGGUCACAGCAGAAUGCCCGGAAAAGGCAACACCUUCUAAAGUAGUUGAUAUGAUAAAUCUUAAGUCAACCAAUGAUGUAAAGGACAUAUCGGGCACAAGAUUAAAUCAAGUAGAAUACCUAGAAAAAACAACAGAAUUGACCCGCAACUGCAAUGAAUCAACCUCCCAAAAUGAAAUUUUAAUAACGAAAAUAUCCGCUCACCCCAUUUGUGCUUUUAAUAGCCCUAUUAGGGAAACAGGCUACUCAGCUGUACAAAAUUCUGCCCUUCCAACAGCUACGGAUAAUACGGAAUUUGAAAAUACACAAGACCUUUGUUUGCCUGACAACGAACUCAUAAUUGAUGAAGAUAUUCCUAAUAAAAGGGUAGAAGAGGAAAAAGAGCAAAUUUGCCAAAAAGAGACUGAAAACAUAGAAGCUAAUAGCACACAUUUCACCAAAAAUCACCUUGAUACUGAGAAUUCUACAAAAUCCAACACAUCAUGUCAUGAAGUUUCUGCAGACGAAAACUUAAAUACAUCUGAUGUCAGUGUAAUUCUAAACAGCAGUAUGUAUAACGAAAUGUUAAGCGAUUCAAUUUGUCCCAUAGUGGAUGAUAUUCUAAAUAACGACGAUAACAUUAUGCUGCAACCUACUGGAGAGAGCACACAAAUAUUCUCGCGUUGUGGACGGAAACGCAAAGCUAAUGAAAGUCUAUUAGAAAUAAGUCUGCCGCCUUGUAAACGUUCGGAACGCAUUAAAGCUAGACAACUGAAUAUUAAACAAUCUACAAAAAUUAGUAUUUCGUCGGUGGAAAUUGGAAGAUAUACCAGAGUGAAUAGAUGUAAUAGCCAAAUAGAAAACGCCAAGUUGGAAAAAGUUGAAAAAACUAAAGCAAGAGCCAAAAGUCCCGUAAAGUCUAUGGAAGACGAAAUGCCCAAAACUAUGGGUUUCUUUAGGGAAAUAGAAGAGAGUGAUAAUGAUACACUCAGUAGCAAGGAUAUUAGCGUAGUGGAAAACAUUGCAGAUAUGGGAAGGAAAACAAGCGCGAAAGGUCUCGUCUCUAUAGCCUCUACUAAUAUGAUGACUGGCAAUAACGGCAUUUCCCAAGAUCUACAAAAUACAAACAUUUCUGCAGAUAUAGAAAUCGAGCCCACAGCCUUAACUAAUAAGCUAAGUGCCAAUGAUGAUGUUUCCAAAGAUCUGCAAAAUGCAAACAUUUCUCCAAAUAAUAAUGCUGAGCAUAUUGUAUGUUUAGAAUCACCCCAAUCCCCUCAAAGCAACAAUCCGGAAGAGGAAGAUCAUAUAAACAUACCUUUACAAAACAUCAAUAAUACAGACAAUAUGGUAUAUAUGGAAUCACCCCAAUCCCCUCAAAGCAACAGUCCGCAAGAGGAGGAAGAAGAUGUUACAAAAACACCUGUAAAUGCAACUCCAAUUGAAAUACCGCUGGAUCUUUCACCAGAGUACAAACCAACUUGUAAACAAAAAUCUCUUGUGGAAAAUUUAAUUUGGCAUUAUUCUCCAGAGCAACACAAUAUUAUCCUAAGCAAAAAUUCUCUUGCAGAGCAAACCUUUACAAAGAAGCAACAACCAUUACUGCGUCACUACAAAAGCCUUCUAACUGAGUACUGCAGCAUUGCAGUGGAUGUGGAUCCAGAUGUGCAGGCCUCUAAGCUUGUGGAAAAACUUCAACACACCAACAUCGAUUUUAAUUUGUUAUUUGCUAGCAUUUUAAUUGUAACAAUAGAAGCUGAACCUUCCCCCGUGAAGGAGAGUGAGUUGACUUCGAUCCUUUUCGAAAUGCCUCCACGCCAUUUGAACCUAACUUUACAGCGGCUUUUCUAUCUAUUGAAGCAUCUUAUGCCAGUUAACACCAACGCUUGUUCCGCAUUGUUACAAAGAAUUGAAUCGCAUAUCUUUACUUGUCAACAAGUUGAAAAGAUAAGCCUACAUGGCAGUUUACAUUUAGCACAACUUUAUCUAAUAGCUUGCAAAUUCCUAGAACCGCAAACGCAUCAACAUCCGGCUAGAUGUUUUAUUGCCAAAUGUCUCUAUUACUAUUCGCUCAAAGCCAUACCAAUGAUCCAUGAAGUUCUAAUGUGGUAUCCCACCGCAUUGCCACCCAAAGAGGAUGCCAGCUACGAUCGUUCAAAUGCUUUGAUAACCGUCAUACAACACUGCCUUAUGUGCACCAAAUACGAUAUGGAAAGGCCUGAGCUGCGGGGCAAAGCUUUAAUCUCAAAGUUGCGCUACGAAUAUCAUUAUACUGCAUAUAGCCCUACCAUCGAAGAAGUCACCAUCAACUUAGUGGAUAAGCUGAAAACUUCCAAAUUUGACAAAGACAUUUCAAUUUCCUUUGCUCUGUUUGGCAAACGUUUACAUCCCAGCAAAACAGAAUCUGCCAUUCUACAAGCCCACUUGUUGCCAUUGGCCAACGAAUACUUCAACGAAGCUUUAAAAAAUACCGAAUAUGAUGCACGGAUUUCUACUCUGUUGGAAAUUAUUUCAAUGAUUGUAAAACCAUUCCCCCUCGACUGGGACAUUGAUAACUAUCUGAAUUUAUUUUCACGCUUUCUAAAUGCAUUUGGGCGCAAAAUUAUACAGGAAGCUGCCGUAUGUGCGAUACUGCGAUUACAGCGAUUUGGCUUUGUGAAUUGUUUUAGUCGUUUGCGAAGUUUCAAUCCAAAUUUUGCCAUAGAACCCCAAACUCAGGCCAUGUUUAAGUCUUUUAUUCACCGUAAAAAGUUGCCUUUUUUGAAAACAAUUUUGAACCAAAACCCACUGAACUAAGGUAAACAUUUCAAGUGAUCCUAGUCGCAAAAUAAUCACCUUUCAAAAAAUCUUUAAACCUAUGCAAAUUCCUUCAAAGCUUGUGGACUUGUUUAGUUGCAUCAUUGAAAUUAUUUCGUGGCAUGGCUCAAAUUGUGCUAAUUGUACUUUGAAAAAUUCUUUUAUGUAUUAAUUUAUUUGUUUUUCAUCUAAGUCGUAGAAUAAAAAUUAAAUCUUAGUCUUUUUUAUUUACUUCUUAUCUGUAAGUCUUCUAGUUGUAAA